CACUAUUCUUACUUGAAAAAUAUUUUAGUGCGCAUGUCCGAUAGAGAGCGCGUGCUGCGCACCUGAUAUGCGCAAUAUUCUGAACAAUGGCCGAUGUCAACUAAAAACACAACCGAGUUUUAGUAAACAAUUAUUUUGAAGCCAAAACUAAAGUUAAAAUAAUAUUUAUUGAGUAUUUUCUAUAUUUAUUUAACUCAAAAGAGUAAUCUACAGUUAUUCUCAACUAAUAUUUAAAUCAAUCUUCACAAACAAGUGUACGAAAAUAUGGAUCAGCAAGAUUUAAAAUUAAAAAUUGAUCAAGCUUGCAGAACAGCUGAAGAGUUUACAAAAUUGUUCUAUGAAACAUUAGAUAAAAGAAGAUAUCAUAUAUCAAGACUUUACUUGGACACUGCUAGAUUAAUUUGGAAUGGAAAUGGUGUUGAAGGAAAAGAGUCAAUUCAGAAAUUUUUGAUUGAUUUACCAAAUUCUAAUCAUCUUAUUUCUACUUUAGAUGCUCAACCUAUUACUAGUCCAGCAGUUGAGGAUCAAUUUACUUUUCUUGUUAAAGUUGGAGGUCAAGUUAAAUAUAUGGAUAAAUCUAUGAAACCUUUUGUUCAAACAUUUUUAAUAACAGCCAGAGGAGAAAAAUGGAAAAUAGUCAGUGAUACAUUUAGAACUCAAGAGUCAUUAGACAAUGUUAAUACUCCAAGUUAAUCUAUUUAUUACAUUUUAAUUAUCAAUAAAAUUUAUAUACAAAACAACCAAUAAAUUUUUAUAUAAAACAAU